AUGAGUAGUCUUAUGGAUGACAACAACAUUAUUAGUGCCGGGCGGGAUGGACAACAGCAAACUAUUCUGGGGUCUUCCUGCAGUGUACGUGCGCCUGAUGGCUCCGUCAAGCGUGGACAACUAUUGGAGGUGCGAUAUCUCUGGACUCCGCCAUUACUCGCUGAUAGUCCACAGAAGAAACCACCACCACUCUAUGGAUUUGUACGUGUAAAGGAUGUGGAUCACCGUCUAAGUGGGUGGUUUCCUGCUUCUGAUAUUGAGAUAAAAGAGCCUCGAGGAAAUAAUAGUAAUAAUAAUAAUAAUAAUAAUAAUAAUAAUAAUAAUAAUAAUAAUAAUAAUAAUACAGGUUUAGGUAGCGGUAGUUUGACGCCACCUCCACAAACAUUUAUUCGAAUCACCAAACCGAUAUUAAGUUCUGUAUACUGGGAAGAAACUCCUGGUAUGACUCGUACACGACGUGAGGAAAAACAACAUGAUUUUUUUGAAGAACGACUUUUACGUGAUUGUCGUACUCCUACAACUAUUCGUUAUUUUGUGUAUUUAUGUACAUAUGUAUUUGCCCCAUGGUAUUAUGCCCCGUAUGGUAUUUUUCACACAGAAUAUGAUCCAGCAGCGUCUUGCAGCCGUGAGGAACAACGUUACGCUGGAAUAACUGAGACGACACCAACAAAUCCGUACAUUCGUGAUGCCUAUUUGUGUCCUUUUUCUCUUCGUAUCUAUAGUACCUUUGAGCAAAUGCAAUAUGAGACAAGACUCUACCGUUCUGGUCGAUUACAACCACCUGGACAAGAAAUAUAUAGAGAUGAUGCACGUGGAUUUUCUAUGUUUGAAGUAAAUGGUAGUAGACAAGUGACAUACUGCCGUCAUUUAUUUCUCUUAGGUAAAUCAUUUCUUGAGAAUAAAUUAGCUGGUUAUGAUGUGCAGAAUUACUACUUUUACAUUGUCUGUCUUCAUCAACGUCAUUUCCCUCAAUAUACUGAUGAUCCUUCGGCAAUGUAUUUUGUUGGUUACUUCACGUGGGAGAAACAAGUGGUAGAUAAUAAUUUAGCGUGUAUUGUGACACUUCCGUGUUUUGCUGGUGGAUCUUCGACACCAACGAGUGUGGGACAUUUUGGACAAUUCAUGAUUGCUGCAAGUUAUGAACUUGCCUAUCGCCGCCGUCAUGUGGGAUCGCCGGAGAAGCCACUCUCCGAUUUGGGUGCUGCUGCCUAUUAUCGUUACUGGCUUCGAGUGCUGUUGACGUGGAUGCACACCCAACUCCCGCAGACCACCACGCCUGUCAUUACGGUUGGCGAUGACGAGAAUGAGAGUGAGAGUGAGCGGCGGCGGGAGGCGGCGGUGGCGGUGAUGGUGGACGACGAGGAGGACGACAGUGAGAAGGACGACGACGACGGGGAGGAGGAGGACGAGAGUGAGAGGGACGAGGAGGAGGAGGACGAGGAGGCCCCGCAGCCGCAGCCGCAGGGGGAGAGGGAGAGGAGUAAAAACAGCCGCCCUCGCGGGGGCCGCGGCCUCAAACGCCCCCGAACGGCCCCCACCGGCCGCCCCGCCGCCGACGAGUCGAUGGCCGCCGUGACGGUCCACCGCGUCGCCGUCGAAGUGCGCCUCGACCCCGCCGACGUCCUCCGCACACUUCUGCGCGCCGGCCUCCUCCACCGCAACGCCGAGGACCGAUCGCUGCGCCUCGUCAUCCCCGCCGCCUGCGUGCGCCGCGAGGUGGCGAGGGCCGCCCAGCACCGCAAAGACAUGACACGCGCAGUGUUUGACCCCGCACUCCUCAUCACACGAGGGGCAACCACAACCACCACAACUACAGCUACCACCACCACCUCUACUACUACUACCAGUUCCACCGCAACACGCCAACCACACACACCACAGAAACAGAGACCGUAG